AUGUAUGAAACGGCGGUAAAAGCGUUUGAGAAGGCUUCAGGAGAUGGGAAAGUUAUCAGUGGCCACGAUUGGAGUGUAAGUAGUUUUCUUAGUUGGGAAUGUUUAGAAAUUGAUGGUUUGAAUGGAAAAAUUAAAAAUAACCGGUUUUGCGUCGAAAAAUAUGGUGAUAUACAACAAUAUUAACGUAUAACCCGGAGAGCUGUUAGUGAAAUUUAUAAAAAAAAACUUGGUAUUUUAGCCAAAGGUAUAAUGCAUCUUCAUGCAAACUCAUUUUAUCAAUUUCUGGCUACGACUGGUCGAAAAAAGCUUUUAAAGUCUAUAAAGUUUGAUUUCCGUAAAUAUUUUUAAAAAUUUUAUUUUUGCAAAUCGAAAAAUAAAAAAAGUAAAAAAAGUUUAUUAGUUGUAUAAAACACCACACAAAGCCUUUUAUCGACCAUUUCCAUAAUUUUAUCGACCACGCUCCUUACUCAUAACAUUAUCACCAUGCAUACUGGACAGGUCGUACCUGAUGCUCUUUUCACUAACAUAUUGUCUACUCGGAGGUACAUAAACAAUCAAAUGAUUCGAAUGCAUUCUCCACGCUAUUUCCUUAUCAUUCACGUCUUUUGGAAUGUAAAACUCUUCGUGAACCUUUCGUUUCACCGUCAAUCCACCCAUUUGUCUGAAGCUCACAUGGCUGACGGUUAGGAUGUGGUCGGUAAUGGUGACAUUACACGAUUCUGGCUCGACUUCAUGAAUUGACAGUUCAAUGUCAGUGGAAUUGUCUUCGUUUCGAACGAUGUUUGGCUGAACAUUGACGGCAUUUAUGGGGUCUAGGCCAAACGUUGAGGACAAAUGCAUUAGACCGUUGAUUAUGUCCCAGAUGGGAGUUUUGAAGUCCAUUGCUGAAAUUUUUGGAAAGGUUUAGUAGUGUUUGACAACAUUCAUAUAAAAAGUCUACCCCGUUCUCAUAAACACAACAAUUUGGAUGUGUUGCCCUACUACAACACAUUACCCUACUCACUAGGUAGUCCCCAUGCCUCAUCCGCGUAAAUUUUGCGUUGCGAUGGGUAGGCAAAACACGUUUGUAUACAUAAUAUUAAUAACAAAGAAUAGACGGACAUUUUGGCGACAGAUUAGGAUUGAAAUGAUGGGUGAAAACCGGCAUUCCGUCGACCUUUGGCGUUUUCAAAAUUUCGAUUUGAAUACGAUUAAAAAAUAAAAGUGAAUAUUCGCGAAAAACCCUAGUUUUUGUAGCGUAAAGGUUGAGAUCAUCAAUAUUAGGUCUUUUACGUGACAUGUACAUUGGUAAAAGGUUAAUAUUUUUUUUAUUUUGCUAGCAACAUGCCUUCCUUGAAGGGUUAAUAUUAAAUUGUUCAAAUAAUUCUAUGCCCCAAACCCUGAAAAUUUACUAUGAGAGGAGGCACACAAUUAUUUGAACUAAAUAGUAAUAAAAAUAUUUUCAGAACAUUCUCGGACCUCACUUGGGCGGAUUGAUUCACAAAUUUUUCGACCAAAAAGAUGUUAACCAAGAAGAAUUUGCUGACAAAUUCUACAAUUUGUACGAAUUGAACACCCAAAACCUAGUUGAAUUGUCAUCAUCACUUGAGGACUUUUGUGAUGCCAUAUUGGAAUCUGUAGACAAGUCAAAAAGUGGUGACAAUCAAGAGUUUAUCAGUGGUUUUUGUGAAAGUGUAAGGAGUUUUUAAAAUUUGAAACUUUUUUGAAAUGAUAUUAAGUUGUGUAAAAAGUUUCGGGCCCUGAUAAACUUAUUUCAGGCCAGUUCAAGUCCAGCAUCAUUCAUAGAAUCAAAUGUGCCAGGAAUCAUUCAAAACUGCUUAAUGGGCAAAAUACGACAACAAUUAUGUCCAUUGCCGGAAAAUAUUGUCUAUGCCUCCGAAUCGGGUCUACUAUCGCCAUUUCAAAUGCUCUGUGUUCAAGGUGCUAUGCCAGAAAUGGUCUAUUUUCAAAAUAAAGUAGGUUUUUCAAUAUAAAUAUGGAGAUCGGGCCGGACCUGAAUUUUAGACACAAUUUUUAUUUUGCUCAAGGUCUGUUCCCCAGAAAUAAUAUUAUAGAUUUAAAUAUUUGACUUUACUUAAUCAUACCCAAAUAAAUAUUUUUUAAAGCCCUAAAUUUUUAUUUUCAGCGACAACCCGGAGUCGAUUUGCCAUGUUGGCACAUUUUAUACGAAAGUAACACUCAUGGUCUCAGUGUGAAUGGCUUUGAAGGAAAGGUUUUUGGAUACCAAAGCCCAACCGUAUGUAUAUUUAAAAUGAACGAUGGAAAAAUCUUUGUUUUGGCCAAUAAUUCGGAAUGGAGGUAAGUUCCAAUGAGCUUCUGGCCAGCUGAAACUUGAAAAAAAAACCGUUUUAUCCACGGUUUUUAGGUAGAUCAAUUUAUUUUUCGCAUUUUGAUGAAGAAACACGUUUUAUUUUCAAAUUUCAGACACACAACCAAGAAUUUCGGCUCAUCCUUCACCAAAUGUCUUCAAAUCGCGCCAAAACUCAAGCUUUUCGAAAGUCGAAACCCAGAACCAAUCUUCUGCAACUUCAAAUACAGAACAUCUGGCUUUGGAUUAGGCUUCAAAGACGCGUUCACAGUCAACGCCGGCUUCGACAACGUCGCCGCUAUUGAGGUUUGGGGUUGCGGCGACGAUGAAGCCCUGAAAGCACAAGCUGCGACAAAACUACGACAAAGAAUGGCGGCCGAACGAAACCAAAAAGUGCCAUUACCUGGGAAUUGGGACGACAAUCCAGACAAGGCUGUAUUGGAAAUGGCUGGAUUUCAGUUUUCUUCGGAGCGAAAUCGACCAGAACCACCAUUUGAGGAAUGA